GUCUUUAGUACAAGAUGUACGAAUACAACAUUACAAGAGAAAACUCAUACCCAACUCCACUUGCAAAUACAACUCUUUUACCUCUCAUGCUCAUGUCUUUGGCAACUCAAAAGAAUGCACCAACAGUCCUUCAAACACCAUCAUCUCUGCUUUCUGAAUACGAUUUCAUCAUUGUAGGUGGAGGAUCAGCGGGAUCUACAGUGGCAGCUCGUUUAUCCGAACUACCGUGCUGCAAUGUGCUUUUACUAGAGGCUGGAAAAGUAGCGCCUUUGUUAAAUGAUAUACCUGGAUAUGGAAGAAAUUUCUAUUUCGAUGACAUUUAUUGGAUGUACAAAACUACACCACAAGAAAACACAGCUCGGUUGCAAAUAGAUAGAGUAAGUAAAGGUUUUGUUUCUAAACCAUUCACUGAAUUUUACGAACGUAACCUCGUAAUAAUUCAUUGUCUUACAUACAAANUAGGUGGCUCAAGUCUUUUAAAUGCCAUGAUAAAUAUUAGAGGAAAUAAGAAGAACUUCGAUGAUUGGGCCGAGGACGGAGCAAAAGGAUGGAGUUACGAGGAAGUACUUCCGUAUUUUCUGAAGCUUGAAGAUGAGCGGGAUCCUCAAUAUUUGGAUUCUGAAUACCAUUCCACUGGGGGACCAAUGGCAGUCGAAUCUCCAAAUUACCAUCCCACUAUUGAAGAUCCGAUAUUUGAAGCUGCCAGAAGCAUGGGGUAUGAAAUCGUUGAUCCUAAUGCAGAGAAACAAACUG